AAUGAAUUGAAUUUCAUUGCUUUGGAAGCCAAGAAUCUGAGCCUUUCUCUGCGUCUCUCUGUCUACAUUCUAAAAUCACUUUCUUUCUCUCCCGGAGAUUCUCUUGCCAUCUUUCUCUCUUUCUCUCUCGGCCUUUUAAUUUUGACGAUGCCUGGUGCCUUGUUCUCCUCCCUCUUUUCUUUCGAGCCGUCUGUCACGUAAUCUCUCUCUCCCUCUGUCUCUCUGUAACCGUCCCUUUCAAGGUUCUUCGUGAUUCCGGCGAAGUCCUCUUAGUCUCUUCCUAUACGUAAGAAGCUCAACAUUCAAUGGCUCCUUCAGGUGUCAACCAGCUUUCUCACCCUUGUAUUUAUGGGGAUUUUGUUUCUUCGAACACAGAGAGGAAGUCGCGCUUUAUGAAAUGGCUCAGUAAACUUUUCAGGAAUGGGCCUAGUCGUCGAGAAGCCGCCGCUGGUAGUAGCCGGAAUCCGCAGCUUAUUGGUGACGAAAACACGUUUUGGCAGGCGCCACCUCGAUCCUUGGAUGACAACUCUAGAGCACAGAAGGAGAAAGAGGAGUUAGACCAUGCAAUUGCAGUGUCUCUGGCUGAAGAUUUGAAAAAACCAAGUGGACACAGAUGGCAGACAGAGAAAGAUGAAGAGCUUGCUAGGUCACUUCAGGAAGGUCUGAAAAAACCAAGUGGACACAGAUGGCAGACAGAGAAAGAUGAAGAGAUUGCUAGGUCACUUCAGGAAGGUCUGAAUCCACCUUUGCAUCCUCCAUAUGCCCCAGCUCAUCCACAGUAUUAUCCCUGUGCACAACAAAGAAUAUGUGGCGGUUGUAAACGCGAAAUAGGCUAUGGCAACUACCUGGGUUGCAUGGGGACUUUUUUUCAUCCCCAGUGCUUCUGUUGCCGUUCUUGCGGCCACCCAAUUGUUGAGAAUGAGUUUUCUUUGUCAGGGAGGGAUCCAUAUCACAAGUCCUGCUUUAAAGAUCUGGCUCACCCCAAGUGUGAAGUUUGCCAUCAAUUUAUUCCAACAAAUCGAGCUGGUUUGAUCGAGUACAGAUGCCAUCCGUUUUGGUCACAAAAGUACUGUCCAGCACAUGAACAUGAUAACACAUCUCGUUGCUGCAGUUGCGAACGCUUAGAGUCUUGGGAUGCAAGGUACGUUUCACUGGGUGACGGGCGGAGUAUAUGCUUCGAGUGCAUGGAAUCUGCUAUCAUGGACACCGAUGACUGUCAGACGCUGUAUCACACUAUACGAGACUAUUAUGAAGGGAUGAACAUGCAACUGGAUCAGCAAAUACCCAUGCUUCUUGUCGAAAGACAAGCACUUAACGAAGCUAUUGUAGGCGAAAAGAGUGGCCUCCACCACAUGCCCGAGACUAGAGGUUUAUGCCUUUCGGAAGAGCAGACUGUCACCAGUAUCCUCAAAAGGCCGAGAAUCGGGGGGCAAAAAAAUCCAUUUACCGGGAUGAGAACACAACCUCAGAAAUUGACUCGAAAAUGCGAAGUUACCGCCAUUCUUGUUCUCUAUGGCCUCCCAAGGUUACUAACAGGUGCCAUUCUUGCCCAUGAAUUGAUGCACGGCUGGUUACGCCUCAAAGGCUACCGGAACCUUAAUCCCGAGGUAGAGGAAGGCAUCUGCCAGGUGCUUUCAUACAUGUGGCUUGAGUCAGAAGUAAUGCCGGAAUUCAAAAACAUGCCGUCUUCAUCUACAUCUACAUCUACAUCCUCAGCUUCCUCUUCCUCAUCCUCUUCCACGUUUUCAUCGAAAAAAGGUGGAAAAUCGAAAGUUGAACACAAACUAGGGGAGUUUUUCAUGCACCAAAUCGCCAACGAUUCUUCACCUGCAUACGGAGGAGGGUUUCGAACAGCCAAUGCAGCUGCCAACAAGUAUGGUUUGCGUCGUACAUUGGAUCACAUUCGCCUCACUGGAAACUUCCCAUUGUAACGACGAAAAAUAAUGUUGCUGUUUCACUGAUGUCUUUGCCUUUAUACGGCCAUUGAAGUCUGAAGAUAUAUUAGUUUGCUCAACAUUAACGGAUUGAGCUCGUCCCGGAAGCAUACAAGCUCAAAUUGUCACUCUUCCAAUCAAAUAUUAAUAAA